UUGGGAUGAUCUGCUUCUCAUUGUCACUCCCCAACUUCUUUCAUACGUUUCCAUAAACUUUUCUUGGUGGCAUUCUGGCUUCUCCUCCGGAAUCUGCAGGAUGAGGUUUGAAGAUGUCCUCGCAGAAGUUGGUGUUUUUGGAAAAUUCCAGUUAGUGUCUCUCCUGAUCCUCUGCCUCCCCCGUGUCAUUCUUCCUCUCCAUUUCCUAUUACAUAUCUUCAUCUCAGCUGUGCCACCCCACCACUGUACCAUCCCUACCCAGAGGAACCCUGAGAACCUGAGCCAAGAGGACCUACUCGUCAUCACCAUUCCCCAGGCCCAAGAUGGGACCUUCAGCUCCUGUAAGAUGUAUUCCCAUCCACAGUCUCACAUGAUCCUCAACAGAUCCCAGGAGACCAUCAAUGGAUCUGGUGUGCAGAGCUGUGACCAGGGCUGGGAGUAUGACCUGUCCACCUUCUCCUCCACCACCGUCACUCAGUGGGAUCUGGUGUGUGACAGAAAAUGGUUAAAUCAAGCAGCCGCCACAUUCUUCUUCAUCGGUCUGACCAUUGGAUCCCUCCUCUGUGGAUUCCUGUCUGACAGGUUUGGACGUAAGAAGAUCCUGCUAUUGUCAUUUAUAGUGAGCACCAUAUUCGGGGCUAUGUCAGCAUUUUCUGUGUCCUACAUCAUGUUUUCAGUGUGCAGACUGCUGAGUGGAGUUGGGCUGAUGGGAAUGACCCUCAUCUCUAUAACCCUAGUGUUGGAGUGGACGGAUGUGGCUCAUCGCACAUUCUGUGGCACCGUUAGUAGUCUGUCGUGGACGGUGGGUUACAUGCUCCUGGCGCUGCUGGCCUAUCUGAUAAGAGACUGGCGAUGGCUGCUACUGACCACCACUGCCCCCUGCCUGAUUGGCAUCGCCACCUGGUGGUGGGUCCCAGAAUCUGCACGUUGGCUUCUGACCAAACAAGAUGCCAUUGGAGCUCACAAAUACUUGUCCCAAUGUGCAGAGAUGAACGGAAGACCAAACUUCAGGAAAAACAUCUCUCCAGAGGUCCUUCAAAAGACGGUGACGGUGGAGAGUCGGAAAUACACGUUCUGGGAUCUGGUGAGGACGCAGCAGUUGCGGAAGAACACGCUGUGUCUGGGGAUCAUGUGGUUCGGUGUGGCGUUCAGCUAUUACGGGAUCAGUUUCCAUGUCACUGGAUUCGGACGGAGUCCGUUCCUCACACAUUUCAUAUUCGGGGUGAUCGAGCUCCCGGCCAAGCUCGGCGUUUACCUGCUGCUGGAUCGGAUUGGACGUAAGAUGUGCCAAGGAGGAUCGCUGAUCAUCACCAGUGCCUGUAUCGCCCUCACCUGCCUCAUCCCCAUAGGUGAUUGGCGCACCCUGGUGGCCAUCCUGGGGAAAGGCUUCUCAGAAGCUUCAUUUACCACCGCGUUCCUCUUCACCGCCGAGCUCUACCCAACCGUCAUCAGGCAGACCGGCCUCGGGUUCUGCUCCUUCAUGACCCGCCUGGGAAGCUCUGUGGCCCCUCUGGUUAUCCUCCUGGAGGAUAUUUGGCUCUUCCUUCCACCCGUGGUGUUCAGCAGUAUGUCCCUGGUGUCUGGCAUAGCGGCUUUCCUCCUAACAGAGACGUGCCACCUCCAGCUGCCGGAGACCAUCCAGGACGUGGAGCUGGACAGAUUCGGGGAUCCCACCAUCCAUCUCAAUGGCUUGCAGGCGCACAAAGAGGUGGUACUGGAGAAUGGGGAAAGUGCCCAUGCUAGAGGUCCACAUGUACCGGACAAUGAGGACCCGUCACCUCCCACCAGCAAUACCUUCGCUGAUCUCUCUUCAUCCAUUCAGGGUGAUGAGUCAGCACUGCGGACAUGAGUGAAAAAAUCUUAGUUUAAUCUCAUGGUUAUCGUGCUCAACACUAUAAAGAUGACAUUGGUCUUUAAUAGUCUUUUGAAGACUCUAUUAAUCUCAUUCGUUUUUCCUAAUGCAUACCGUCAAUUCUGCCACCUACACCGGGGAAUGGUGGUGUUCAGUGGCGGCUGGUGCUCAAAAUUUUUGGGGGGGCGCAAACGAAAAAAAAAUAAAUAAAAAAAUUGCAGCC